GCACGGCUGGUGCAGAUCUCGUUGCAGGCCAUUCAGAAGAUGGUGCAGCAUCGAGUUGUUGAACCGGCGUCAGCUCCGAUAAUUGUAAACGAGUUAUGGCAUUUAAUGGAGUGCGAAUGUGAGGAAUUGCGUAUUCUGCAAACCCUCACACCCCUCGUCAGCACUGAACUGCUCGUGAACGGCGUGUGGCUUGCCAAGUGUCUUGUGAUGUGUUUUCGAUUGAAUUUCGCGAAAGAUCCCAUAGUGAUCAAUACAGCAUCAGCUACAGUAAGGCAGAUGGUUAGCUGUGUUUUUGAGCGAGUCAUUCAGGAAGACGGAAUGAAAAGUGGUGAAUUGCCGAUAGUUCGACAGACAGUUAAAGUGAACGCCCGGGCUGCACCACCCUCGUUACGGCCAUGUGCUGCAGAUGGGUAUAUGCUGUUCAGGGAUUUGUGUUUGCUGAUAAAUGCUGACCAACCGUGUUGGCUGAUCGGUAUUCAAGAGAUGACGCGAACGCUUGGACUAGAAUUGCUGGAAUCUGUUCUUGCUUCGUAUCCGUCAAUAUUCUUUAAGGUAUAA